AUUAUUGGGUUAACAGGAGGAAUUGGAUCAGGAAAGAGUACCGUUUCUAAUAUGAUUAGGAAAUAUGGAAUCCCAGUAAUAGACUUAGACUUGUUGGCCCGUGAAGUAGUUAAACCUAAAAAACCAGCUUAUGAAUUAAUAGUCAAUCAUUUUUCUAGAGAUAUUCUUCUUAAAGAUGGAACUCUGAACAGGGCAAAACUAAGAGAAAUCCUUUUUUCUGAUGAAAGCGAGAGAAAAAUCUUAAACAAAUUUACGCAUCCAUAUAUUGGACGAGAAAUCUUGAAAUUGGUAAUUUGGUAUUGGAUCACUGGAAGAAAGGUUGUAGUACUAGAUACUCCAUUAUUGAUUGAAGGAGGACUUCAUAAAUUCGUAAGCUCUGUUAUCGUAGUUUAUUGUUCCGAACAAAUUCAGCUGAAUCGUUUAAUGAAACGAGAUAAUUUGUCGGAACAAAUCGCCAGACAACUUAUUUCGGCUCAAAUACCUCUUAAGGAAAAAAUAAAAUUCGCUGAUUUUGUUAUUGAUAAUUCUGGUGAUUUAUCUGAGACAGAAUACCAAGUCAAAAAUGUAAAUAAAGCACAACCAUCAUUGU